AUGUUGAAAAAGGAAAACAAAGACCUCGUUCUUGCUGUGUACUUCAUCACGUUCAUCUUUGGGUUGCCAGCCAACAUCAUUGCCCUCUAUACCUUCAUCAAGAAGGUACGGCGAGGUGCCACGCCCGUGGAUGUCCUGCUGAUAGGCCUCACCAUCUCGGACCUGCUCUUCCUGGUCUUCCUUCCCUUCUGGAUGAAGGAGGCCAUCGACGACAUGCAGUGGUACAUGCCCAACUUCCUGUGCUCUUUGUCAGGUCUCAUCUUCUAUGGCACCAUCUACAACAGCACCCUGUACCUCACCGCCAUAAGUGUCGAGCGCUACCUGGGAGUUGCCCAUCCCAUUAAGUACAAACUGAAGAGAAAGCCUCUGUAUGCGGUGGUGGGCAGUGUGUUCAUCUGGGUCAUCUCCAUGGCUGAGUGUAGCAUCGUCUAUAUCAUGCAGUACUACCACCUUGACAAUGAGACCGCCGACGUGAAGAACAGCACAGUCUGCUAUCACGAGUUCUCCCCAAAACAGCUAGAAAUACUGCUGCCGUUUCGCCUGCAGCAGUUCGUCCUCCUCUUCUGCUUGCCCCUUCUCAUCUGCUGCUUCUGUUACAUCAACGUCAUCCGAAUCCUCUCCCAGCUGCCCAACAUCUGCCCCUGGCGACGUUACAGAGCCAUCGGACUAGCCUUCGGCACCAUCGUAGUCUUUGUUGUGUGCUUCGGGCCCUAUAACGUGUCCCACCUGGUGGGUUACAUCAACGGUGAGAGCCCCAAAUGGCGCAGGAACGCCGUGCUCACCAGCACCUUUAACGCUUGCCUGGACCCCUUCAUCUUCUACUUCUCCUCGUCUGCGCUGAGGGCCACGUUCAACAGCAUCCUCAGCAGGGUGUCGGCGAGGCUGCAGCUGCAGGGUUGCACCAGCAGGGAGCGCCAGAGCCCUGACCCAUGCCUGGCCCUGGAAGAGCGCACACAAAGCACCAAUGAUCACCUGGACUAGGCAUGCCAAGGUUCUGUGUAGAGAACUUCCCUCUCUCUAUGCGCAAGUCUUUUACUUAAGAUGAGGUGUAGCGUAUAGUUCUUCUCGGAUGCCUCUUUGCUUUCCAUUGAAUGUGUUAACGUUAACGUAUAGAAAUACCCUUACACGCUGGCCUUUCGAUUUUAUCCAGGCGGCCCUAGAAAGGAUCUUUAAAGAAUAUUAUUGAAGGAAGUUCAUCCAGAUGGCCCUAGUAAUGAUCCUUACAGAAUAUUAUUUAAUGAGGUUUUAAAAUCUACUGUGACCGUGAUCCCAGCUUACCAUGCUACAGCGGUGGAGUCCAAAGGAAGACUUAA